AUGAGAAACAAGCUAGAAGCCAAGAGUGUCAAGGGCAUGUUUAUUGGAUACUCCUACACACAGAAAGGUUAUAAGUGCUACAUUCCUAAUUCAAGAAGAGUUAUGGUCUCAAGGGAUGUUAAGUUUGUGGAAUCUAAGGGGUACUAUGAGGAAAAGAGUUGGGAAAACCUUCAAGACCUUCCACAAGGACCUUCAGAUAGGGCAAACAACUUGAGAAUCAUUCUGGAGAGUCUUGGCAUCAGUCAGCCUCGGAGCAGUGAGGUGCCAAGGACUUUUCCCUCACCACCAUAUGCUGGAAAAAAUGAAGAAGCAUCACCAGUUGUUGAAACAUCCCAUCAUGAUCCUGAGGGGGGCAAUGAACCUGAAUCACAGCCGCAAGAAGGAGAUAAUUUAGCAAGUACACAUGAUCAAGAUGGAGAUGAAUCUGAUAAGUCUAGUGAAGAUCAGUGUAAUGGAGAUCAAGGACAGGAAGAGUCAGUGGUAGAAAGGCAACAGAUUCAACCAUUGAGAAUGAGUACAAGAGUGAAGAAACCAUCCAAGUGGGUCGACACCAGAAUGUACUUCAACAGCAAUGCAGCGGCUCACCCUAUCCAAGCAACCUGUUCUUUGGCAAGUUACCCUCAGGAGCAUGUAGCCUUCAUUAGCAAUCUGGAUCAAGAGUAUGUUCCAAAGACUUACGAAGAAACCAUGGAGCAUGAAGAGUGGAGAGAGUCAGUUGGAGAUGAAGUUGGUGCCAUGAUCAAGAUUGAUACUUGGUAUGAAACUGAGCUUCCUAAAGGAAAAAAAGCCGUUACAAGCCGCCUGCUCUUCACCAUCAAAUAUCUUGCCAAUGGAAAACCAGAAAGGAAGAAGACAAGGCUGAUGGAUGUCAAGAAUGCUUUUCUUCAAGGAGAGCUAGAGGAUGAGGUUUACAUGAGGCCACCUCCGGGAAGUGACAAGGAAAGUAUCAUCUCUACUAAAGCUUUUCUUAAAUCUACCUUUGAUAUUAAAGAUUUGGGUGAGCUAAAGUACUUUCAAGGGAUAGAAAUAUGCCGCUCUAAAGAGGGGCUUUUCUUAUCUCAAAGAAAGUAUGCACUUGAUCUUUUAAAUGAGGCAUGGAAGCUUGGAGCAAAAGUAGCUAAAACACCACUUGAAGAAGGCUACAAAGUCUUGCGUGAGGGGGAGUUUGAAGACAAACUAUUUGGAGACUUCAAGCUCUAUAGGAGGAUGGUUGGGAAGUUGAUCUAUCUCACCAUUACAAGACCAGACAUCUGUUUUGCUGUGAACCAAGUUAGCCAGCAUAUGCAAGCACCGAAGGUUCAUCAUUGGAAUAUGGUGGAAAGGAUCAUGAGAUACAUAAGGGAGGCUCCGGGUCAAGGUGUUUGGAUGGGUUGCAACAAGAGCACAGAGAUUGUGGGAUAUUGUGAUGCAGAUUGGGCUGGUGAUAGAGUGGAUAGGAGGUCUACUACAUGUUAUUGCACCUUCAUCGGAGGCAAUCUAGUUACGUGCAAAAGCAAGAAGCAAAAGGUGGUAUCAUGUUCAAGUGCUGAGGCAGAAUAUAGAGCAAUGAGGAAGCUGACAAGUGAGCUCAUUUGGAUCAGAAACUUGCUAAGAGACUUGGGCAUAGAGACAUCAACACCAAUUACCAUGCACUGUGAUAACCAGGCGGCCAUUCAUAUAGCUUCAAACUCAGUGAGACAAGCUGUGGAGCAGAAGAUCAUUCUACCUUGCUACACUAGAAGUGAAUACCAGCUAGCUGAUAUCUUCACCAAAGGAGCAAGUACUAAAGUCUGUGAGUUCAUUCAUCCGAGAUUGGGACUCAUAGACCUGGAUAGAUCAUGA